AUGGAUGAAGUUGGUGCCAGUGGUUUUCUGGCGCGCACAACUUCAAAACGAUCCAAAUCCUCAAAUCCCUUACGGACGGAUUCACAACGAAUUCAACGUUGUUCUCGAGCUUUAUCGGUUUCCCCUCCAUCUGCCGGCGCUCCAACAACUUUCGGUUUGCGCUCACGUCCUGGACUUGGUUCACGAACGGCCUCGGCACCAUUUGUCCCUCUCAGUAGGGGUAGUGGCAGCGGUAGUUUAGAUACGAGAUUUUCGACUACGAUAGAGGACGACUCGGAAGAAGGAUUGGACCUUCACGCGCGAAGUUAUCGGGAUUCUGUUGCGUCUAUAAAAGACGAUCCUUUUUUCAGAAAUUAUCAAUCGCCAAGUUCUGUCUCUUUAGCACGGGAAUUGUGGUCUGCAACGCACUUCUCGGAGCGAUCGCAUGAUGACGACGUUUUCAAAAAUUCAACACCGCGAUCCAACAAAAGGCCUUCUCUAGGAAAUCCUGGUUUACUACCUCAAUCGCGAAGCGGGAUGUCAGACAUAAAUAUUGCAGUGAUUGGGAGUAAUGGAGUGGGAAAGAGCACUUUGAUACAGCGAGCAUUGGGUCUACGAUCACUACCUAACUCUGUCGCAUCGAGCCUUCGUAUGUCAGUCGAUGAGGUUGGGUACACAGUCAGUCUUAUUGAGCUGGAUCUCGAGUCAUUUGAUAUAAUACCUGAUCGUCUAAUACAAUGGCCCAAACAAAUCAACGGGCACAUCCUCCCACGCGUGGACGGUGCUCUAUUACUAUACGAUGUCAUGAAUCGGGAGAGUAUUGUGGAAUUGCCCCAGACCUUAAACGCAUUGGUGAAUUCGGGCCUGCCUACUAUCCUCGUCUCAUGUAAAUGCGACAAUCCUGAACACACUCGUCAACUAAGUGUUGAUAGUGUCGAAACUGCAUGUAUGUCAUGUGUAGAAACUGUCAAAACGGCAGCAAAUGUCCCUGAAAGUGCAAGACUUUGUCUUUCUUCUAUGCUUCGAGCCGUUAUGGCAAGUCGAAGCAAUAAUAAUAAUAAUAGUAAUAAAGAUACACCUUCGAUACAACCUCAAGGUACUCGCCGUCGAGCAACUUCCUCUGCGAAUAUCGAGAAGUUAUCUGAGCCAACCAUCCCUCGGCCUUUAAGUCAGCAAUCUAAGCAUAGCCGGGCUAGCUCGGAGUUCUCUAUAGGUCGGGCUCUUCCCCCUCCGCCAGUGGCUGGUCGACCUACCGGCCGAACAAAUUUAUCACACCAAAUCAUGAUUCCAGACCCAUAUGAUGCCCCACCGCUUUCUGCUCAUCCGGCUUUGCGAGGUGAAAAUCUAUUGGACCAUUCUAGGCCUAGCCCCAGGCUACCCUUAGGCCCAAAGGAAUUGGAUGCAGAUCCCUCAUACCGAUAUUCCGACGAUAUACCACUUCUCCAGCGUAGUGACGAUACUUUCUUCGAUAAACCUGCUAAGGUGGCUGGUGUAACUUUCGAAGAGCUUGUUGACCGACUCCUUGGACAACACAUGUCAAGAGCCGACGUCAACUUUUCCGAGAUAUUUCUAUGUCUGUAUCGGAAAUUUGCCGCUCCUGGUGAGCUAUUCGAUGCAGUAUUGGACCGACUGGGACGCUUAGCAGAGGAUAAAAAUAUCCAUUAUCUAACACGAACAACAACUCAACUUCGGAUAAUUACCGUGGUUGCUAAAUGGGUUUCGAGUUAUCCAGGGGAUUUUGCAAGUCCUUCAACAAGUCGCAAGUUAGACGCGUUUAUCAAUCAAUUAGCUUCGGAUCCCGUUUUUGCUGCUGCUGCGCAGGAAAUGAGGACUCAAUUAGAAUCUCGUGUAGUAAAGGAUGAUGACACAGGCUGGGCCAGGACGGAUGCUGAUGUUGACAACGAACAUGCUAAGGAACUUGAAUCAGCGCCCGUUUCUCCUACGACUACAAGAACCAAUUCCAAAGGAGGAUACGAAACUGAUAUGUCCACAUUAGUACAAGAAGAUGACGUCAGUGAAAUAGAGCUGAAAGGAUCGAGGGGGGAUUCUUUUUUCUCCGGUCGAGUGUCAUCUCAACCGGACCUUAAUACGCCUGCAUUCCUUACAGUCGAGGAUUACGAGAGAGAGGCUGCCAAGAUGACACCUAAGGGAAUUCUACCAUUAUCUAAACACAGAUAUCACAUGUUUAUGGAGAUACCCGAUGACGACCUCGCUGAUGAGAUGACCAGGAUAGACUGGGUUAUGUUUUCUUCUAUACGUCUUCGAGAUUUGGUUCGACAUGUUAGCCUUUCACUCAACCAGAAGGAGAAAUGCAAAAGUCUUGCCAACGUAAAUCGCAUGAUAAAUCAUUUCAACCAUAUUGCGAAAUGGGUUGCUAAUAUGAUUCUGAUGCGAGACAAAGCCAAGCACAGAGCACACAUACUGGAGAAGUUCAUGAAUAUAGCACUGAAGCUGCGGCAAUUGAACAAUUACAAUGGUCUGGCGGCUGUUCUUGCAGGGAUCAAUGGAACUGCAAUACAUCGCCUCACACAAACUCGAAAUCUGGUUCCUCCGGAUGUCCAAAAGCGCUUUGCCCGCUUAGUCUUGUUGAUGGGUACUCAAAAGAGUCAUUUCGCAUACCGUUUGGCAUGGGAAAAUUCUCCAUUACCUCGUAUUCCCUUCAUUCCAUUAACUCGGCGUGACCUUGUCUCAGCCGAGGAGGGAAGUCGCACUUUCAUUGGGGCAAACGGAGAGAGAAUCAACUGGAAGAAAUUCGAAGUUCUGUCCGAGGUUAUUCUACCCAUUAUGAAGAGUCAAACUACGCCAUAUCCAAAUCUCACCAAGAAUGGGCAGGUACGACUCCUCAUUCUGGAUUGUCUUAUCCCUACAGAUGAUGAGGAUAUAUACCAACGAAGUCUCCAAGUAGAAAGUGCAUCUGGAGCUGCAGAGCCCGUGAAGAAGAAAUUCCCGGUGAUGAUGUUCCUAUCUAUAUACAUGCUCGUACAAAAGAGGUAUUUGAAGAGCAUGAUGAAUUAUCUGGCCAAGAAGGAAGCAACAGCCAGCAUUGGCAGGGAGAAGAGAGCAUCUAUGAACUCUGUCGACGAUCUGGUUGUUUAUCUAUGUAGCGAUCGUAUUAUGCCUGCCGUUAUUGGGUCAAUCCUUUACAACGCAGGGGACUUUGUAUUUCGGGCGAAGGUGAUGUUGAUGUGUUUCUCUGGAAACACUACACACAUGGUUAGAGGCUUUAUGCCAUUUGAGCGAGUCAUCAAAAGUUUUUGGGUUCAUAAGCAUAUUACAAUCACUUGCGAAUGGAAAUACAGAUACAACUGA